UCAGUUUUGAGAAAAUCAACAGUUUUCUUGUUCCGAUCACCAUGGAGGCCAAACAUUUGUUCGGCUUCUUCACCGUGUCGGUGUUGUGCGGCUUGGUCGGGAGUGCAGCAUUGGCCCGAGCCUCCUCGUGCGAUUUCCCGGCCAUAUUCAACUUUGGCGACUCCAACUCCGACACCGGGGGCCUCUCGGCGGUGUUUGGCCAGGCGCCCCCGCCUCACGGGGAGACUUACUUCCGCAGCCCCGCCGGGCGGUACUCCGACGGCCGCCUCGUGGUCGACUUCAUUGCUCAAAGCUUUGGAUUGCCCUAUUUAAGCGCGUACUUGGACGCGGUCGGGUCAAACUUCAGUCAUGGAGCCAACUUCGCGACCGCCGGCUCGACCAUUAGGCCCCAGAACUCGACUCUGCGUCAGUCGGGGUUCAGUCCCAUCUCUCUGGACGUUCAGUUCAACGAGUUCUACGAGUUCCGCCGCCGAUCUCAAGUUGCCCGCAGCCGAGGUGGGGUCUAUGAGAAGCUGUUGCCCAAGGAAGAAGUUUUCUCUCGGGCGCUCUACACAUUCGACAUCGGCCAGAACGACCUCACCGCCGGUUAUUUCAUGAACAUGUCCACGAGCGAAGUAAAAGCAUACAUACCCGAUGUGCUUGAACAAUUCAAGAACAUUGUCAAGUACCUAUAUGGCGAAGGAGGGAGGUACUUUUGGAUACACAACACCGGCCCGGUCGGUUGCCUCCCGUACGUGAUGGAGCGGAUCCCGAUCUUGACGUCCCAAGUCGACGGCGCUGGCUGCGCGUCCCCAUUCAACGAAGUCGCUCAGGUUUUCAACCGCGGAUUGAAGAAAGUCGUGACCCAAUUGAGGAAGGAACUGCCGUUAGCUGCCAUCACUUACGUGGAUGUUUACGCGGUCAAGUACGCCUUGAUCAGCCAGCCGAAGAAGUAUGGGUUCAAGCAACCGUUGAGAACGUGCUGCGGCCACGGAGGGAAGUACAACUACAACAUCCACAUGGGCUGCGGCGCGAGGAUCACGGUGCGCGGGAAGGAGGUGUUGGUGGGAAAAUCCUGCGAAGACCCAUCAGUUUAUGUGAACUGGGAUGGCGUCCAUUACACUGAAGCAGCCAACAAACAGAUCUUUGAUCACAUCGUGGGUGGUUCAUUUUCUGACCCACCUGUUCCAUUGAACAGGGCUUGUCAUAGGCUUCCCUCUCACUUCGCUGCAAGAAUCGUUUUUUUUUUAAAUUGCCAUGUCGUCUUAUAUAAAUACUCUCUCUUCCUUUCACUGGCAAACGCACGGCGCACGCACUCUGAACAAAUGGAGGGUAACUCGAUAGACCUGGCCUUCUCGGGCCUCCGAACGGCCGCGGUGCUCCUCGCGCUGCUGCUCUGCCGAUUUCCGGCAUGUUCGGCUGCUGCUGAUGCUGAUGCUGCGGCGGCCGCGGCAUGCGACUUCCCGUCGAUCUUCAACUUCGGGGACUCGAACUCCGACACGGGCGGGCUGUCGGCGGCGUUCGGGCAGGUCCCCCGGCCGAACGGAGAGACCUACUUCCACAGGCCGUCCGGGCGGUACUGCGACGGCCGCUUGCUCAUCGAUUUCAUCGCGGAGGAUUUGAGAUUGCCUCACUUGAGCGCAUAUUUGGACUCCGUUGGUGCAAAUUUCAGUCACGGAGCCAAUUUCGCUACGGCUGGAUCAACGAUCAGACCACAGAACACGACCCUGUCCCAGAGCGGAUACAGUCCGAUCGCGUUAAAUGUUCAGCUGGUCGAGUUCUCCGACUUCCUCGUGAGGUCGCAGUAUUUCCGGUCUCAAGGAGGCGUGUUCACGAGUUUAUUGCCGCGAGAAGACUACUUCUCCAGGGCUUUGUACACGUUCGACAUAGGGCAGAACGAUCUCACGGCUGGAUUGAAGCAGAACAUGACGGUCGAUCAGAUAAAGGCAUACAUUCCUGAUGUGAUGACUCAGUUCUCGGAUGCAAUAAAGAAAGUAUAUGCUGAAGGAGGAAGGUCAUUUUGGAUACACAACACGGGUCCGUUGGGGUGUUUGAUCUACAUCAUGGACCGGUUUCAUCUCGAAGCUCCCGAAGACGAACAUGGCUGCUUGAGACCUUUCAAUGAGCUGGCUCAGUACUUCAACACCAGGUUGAAGGAAGCAGUGGAUUCACUCAGGACAGAACUUCCUCUGGCUGCAGUGACAUAUGUUGAUGUGUACUCUGUGAAGUAUGAUCUCAUCACUCAAGCACACAAACAUGGAUUUCAGCAUCCUUUCGAGGCCUGCUGCGGUCAUGGUGGGAAGUACAACUACAACAACGGUAGGAGGUGUGGAUUCAAGAUUACAGAUGAAGGCAAAGAGAUCGUAAUAGCAAAGGCCUGUGAAGAUCCGUCGGUCCGGGUCAGUUGGGAUGGAAUACAUUUCACCGAAGCAGCAAACAGAUGGAUUUUUGAGCAAAUAGCAGGCGGCUCGUACUCAGACCCGCCAAUUCCUCUGAACAUGACAUGUCUUAGGAUGAAUCACCGAGACCAAUGCAUGGUCUGAGCCCUUGUUUUUGGAUGCAGGGAAGCUAUUUCUUUAGAGGUAAGGGUCAAGAACUGAACCGUUGACACCCCCUACUGUGUGGACAAGACAAACAAACCAGUGAUUUGGACAUGGAUGUCCGGGUUGUGAUCUGCUUAUGAUGGGCCACUAGCGGUCUGAUUUCCUUAGCUUACAGCUGCUUCUACUCUAGUCUACAACCUCAGAAUUUGGUGUUACAUCUUAUGUUUAUUAGAAAAAUUUUAACCAAUGCUAAGAUGUGGUUCCCGGUGCGUUUA